CUCGCGGCGCAGAUUAUAAUCACACCCUCGAAGUCCACAGCUACCAUGUCCACAGGAAGUGAGAACCCGAGGGCUCCGAAGAAGGAGGAACAAGCAUGUUACCAGUUUGUAGUCGUCGGGGCGGGGCCUGCUGGUCUGACUGCAGUGGCCAACUUGAUCGAUAUGGGCGUCUCUCGGAUAGCCUGGAUCGAUCUGUCAUUUUCUGGAGGAAGGAUGGGUGAGAAGUAUAGAGAAAUACCAAGCAAUACGAAGAUCCAGUUGUUUCUUGAUUAUGUGGCCGCUAGUCCAACGUUUUCCCAGCUGGUUCAAGAAGCGACGGAUCCAUCCAACGCAUACACUGCUUUAGAGAAUCUGGAGCUAGAUCGAGGGAAUCAGCUGAGCUACGCAGCGGACUUGAUGAUCAUGUUAACCAGACGACUGGUAUCAGCCCAUUCCGAUCAAGUCGACACAUUCCAAGCACGUGCAAAGUCUUUAGAUUUCGUUAAUCGAACCGACUGGAUGGUUGAGAUUGAGAUGAUGGAUUCUAGAUGCGGUCAUCAAGCCAAAACUCUCAAGUCUAGAAAGGUCAUCUUCGCGACAGGAUCAGAACCAGUGCAACCGAAGGAGAAGGCCGUGCCUCCGAUAGACUUGGAAGUUGCCCUUUCACCCUCUCAACUUGAAGCUGCACUGGAAGGGAUCGAUCUCGAAAAGCAAACGAUUGCCGUCGUCGGAUCCUCGCAUUCAGCAUUCCUGGUCUUGAGGAACCUGAUCAGCCUUUCGAGCCAGCUGAGGAUUGUGCAUCUCUAUAGAAACCCCAAGCUCAUAUUUGCCGAGCAGAAGGAUGGAUGGAUAUUGUAUGAUAACACGGGCUUGAAAGGUGUUGUAGCUGAUUGGGCCAAGGAGGAGUAUCCGAGCUUGGUCGCCGACCGCAGGAUCUCGAGGACCCAAAUCGAAGACUCGCCAGGAGCUCUUUCUCGCCAUCUCGAAAGCCUCGCAUCUUGCUCGGGGGUGAUUUAUGCAAUCGGCUAUCGGCCCGCCCCGACUCCAACAGUGACCCUCGAUGGGCUCGAGCAGAGCUUGAAAUUCGACCAUUCCACUGGGCGUUUUGACCAGCUCAACGGCCUGUUUGGCUGCGGCAUCGCCUUCCCCCAACGCACUGUUGAUCCCCUUGGAAACGUGGAGCAUGCUGUCGGCAUCUUCAAGUUCAUGAAGUUCCUCAAGGCCGUCGUCCCCCUAUGGAUCCAAUCUUAAUCCUUCCUCUUUUUCUUCCUCUUGGAUUCUACAACUUUGUCACUUCUGAUGAUUUGGCUCUUCAGCAACAUAUAGGAAUACGAAUAAUUGCCUGUUCACCUGGAGGUGGGUGACGAUCCACCAACUUACGUGUCUUGAAUCAAUUGUAAAAAACAUGACCUUCAAAGAACAUUUUAGAUUUGUAAACGGAUUUUACAACCUUGGCAUCAUUAAAACUGUAUCUAUGUAUGUAUGUGUUUUUUUUUUUGAGCUCAUCUUAUAUAAGGUUGCAG